AUGUCUCCUUCAAUUAUUUCAGGAAAGAUCUACAGCAUUGCAUCAAUCCCCGCUGAUGGCAUCUGUCCCGAGGUCAUUGACGCCGGCAUUGCGGCGCUGAAUGCCUUGACGGAUACCCUCCAGACCUUCAAACUGAAAUUCCAGCACUACGAUUGGAGUUCGGAGACAUAUAAGAAAACUGGAAAGUAUAUUCCAGACGGCGGACUUGAAGAGCUGAAGAAGCAUGAUGCAAUCUUCUUUGGUGCCGUCGGUGCACCCGAUGUUCCCGACCACAUCUCUCUGUGGGGCCUCCGCCUGGCCAUCUGCCAACCCCUACAGCAAUACGCCAAUGUGCGCCCAACCAGAGUAUUCCGCGGCACCGAGUCACCACUCCGCAACUGCAAGGCAGGUGACCUCGACUGGGUCAUCAUCCGUGAGAACAGCGAAGGCGAAUACGCCGGUCAAGGUGGCCGCUCUCACCAAGGCAAAGCUUGGGAGGUAGCUACCGAAGUAUCCAUCUUCUCUCGAUACGGUGUUGAGAGAAUUAUGCGCUUCGCCUUCGAGACUGCCCAGAAGCGUCCGCGUAAGCUCCUCACUGUUGUCACCAAAAGUAAUGCCCAGCGCAACGGCAUGGUUCUCUGGGACGAGGUUGCGAAGGCAGUUGCCGUGGACUUCCCCGAUGUCACUGUUGACAAGAUGCUGGUUGACGCCAUGACUACCAGGAUGGUGUUGAAGCCCGAGAGCUUGGAUACCAUUGUGGCUACAAACCUGCACGCGGAUAUUCUUUCUGACCUUGCUGCGUCCCUGGCUGGCUCUAUUGGAAUUGCCCCUACUUCCAAUCUUGACCCUACCCGCGAGUACCCUAGUAUGUUCGAGCCCAUUCACGGCUCUGCUUUUGACAUCACUGGCAUGGGUAUCUCCAACCCCGUGGCUACCUUCUGGACAGCUGCAGAGAUGCUCGCAUGGCUGGGCGAGGAGGACGCGUCGAAGAAGCUGCUGGCAUGCGUGGAGAAUGUUUGCGAGCAAGGAAUUCUGACUCGGGAUUUGGGUGGAAAGUCUACCACCAAGGAGGUCACGGAAGCUGUCGUGGCAGAGAUCAAGAAAUUGGGUUCUAAAUAA